AGCUCUUGCGACUGUCAGCCGCGUAAGUGUCACGAUAUUUCCGUUGGUCUUCCGCACUAAUUGUUCUCAAUGUUGUACGAUAUCGAUCCUUCGGGAAAUAUGCCAUGCGCUUCGCGAGAAGAGUGCUUUGACAUUCCCAGACAGGUUGAGUCAGGUGGUACAACAACAUGACGAAUUCGUCAUCCGAAUGUCAGAAGUAUGUUCACGACAGCAGCAGCGACACUGAAAAUGAUUACAAGGAGAUUGAAGGGAGGGGAAGACACCAUGUGAUUAAGAAUAGACUGAGUUGUGUCGGUGGCUCCGCAAAGCCGAAAUCUUGUCUGGUACAGAGGGAUGGCAGCAGUGAUCGGCAGCAUUGCCAUUCGUUUGGUUCGCUCAACAGAAAUCAUUCGCAGGACGCGAGUCUUGGCAGAUUAUUAUCCCGCUCGCGCAAUAUCUUGAACUCGAGUGACCGGGCUGCAAAAGUUGCAAGAAUCCGGUCCAAUGUCGGUGUGGCAAAGAACCAGCAGCAGAGCCAAAGUAGCAGCAGCAACAGAGAUGGCAUGGCAUCAGGCCCAACGGGGUCUGCCAUCAGCGGAGGAGGAGCCAGCAAUCCGUCAACUAGUGACGAGAGGAUCACCUUGAUUGUCGACAACACUAGGUUCGUCAUCGACCCGGCAUUGUUCACCGCUCAUCCCAACACCAUGCUGGGCCGUAUGUUCAGUUCCGGGGUGGAGUACGCGCAACCAAACGAACGCGGCGAAUACGAGGUCGCAGACGGCAUCUCCGCCAUGGUGUUCCGCGCUAUUCUCGAGUACUACAAGGGCAAUGUGAUUCGUUGCCCGCCGACCGUGAGCGUACAAGAGCUGCGAGAGGCGUGCGAUUACCUACUGGUGCCGUUCGAUGCCAGCACCGUCAAGUGCCAGAAUCUACGUGGCUUACUGCACGAGCUGUCGAACGAAGGCGCGCGUUGUCAGUUUGAGGUGUUCUUGGAGGACCUGAUCCUGCCGCUGAUGGUGAACAGCGCGCGACGUGGCGACCGCGAAUGUCACAUCGUCGUUUUGCUCGAGGAUGACGUGGUCGACUGGGACGAGGAGUAUCCACCGCAGAUGGGCGAGGAGUACUCGCAAACCGUCAACAGCACGGCGAUGUAUCGCUUCUUCAAGUACAUCGAGAACCGAGACGUGGCGAAGCAAGUGAUGAAGGAGCGCGGGUUGAAGAAGAUCCGGCUAGGCAUCGAGGGCUACCCGACCUACAAGGAGAAAGUCAAGAAGCGCGCCGGCGGGCGCGCCGAAGUCAUUUACAACUACGUGCAACGACCCUUCAUCCAUAUGUCCUGGGAAAAGGAGGAAGCGAAGAGCCGUCACGUGGAUUUUCAGUGUGUCAAGUCCAAGUCUGUCACGAAUCUGGCCGAAGCGACGGCCGACCCUGCCCUAGAUCCCACCCUGACGUUACUGGAGGCGAGUGCACUGCCGCCGAGUCGUCAGGGUGCCGCCGAGCCCUCUCCACCAUUGGCGUACGUAGAUGGAGCCAUGGGCCCCGUGGUCGACCCUGAUUUGGACCCGUUGCCGGCCGACGAGCUUCAGUAAAUCGUCUUAUAACUAGUCGAAGCCUUGUGUCGAGCUCUGGGACACCCGAAGUUGAAGGGAAGGGUAACACGGACGUUUGACGACUCAUGCGGAAAACUUGGGAUUCGACGUUGACUUCAUUCUCGUCAAGUUUCCCCCUCUGAGGUUUUCGACUGCCCGAUCGAGCCCACAAGCGAAUCUCCCCCCUCUCUCUUUUUCUUUCGGCCGGUUUGGGACUUUUUGACGCCACUGGGUCUCCUGGAUCUCCUGGCUUAAAACGAAGAAAAGACUUGUUGAGAUUCAAAGUGGAUGUCUUCGUGUAGUAUCUUUUGUGAUAGCCUUUCUUAGGUGACAAUUCAUCGUCGUAUUAAUUAUCGUGAAAAUACAGCCUCUGGUGUUCUCCCCCCUGCCCCCCUCGCCUCUACGAGUCCUGCCACCCCACCGACGCCUAUGCGGUGUUUUGCAGUCUUGUAUAUAAGUGUGUUUAGAUUUAAGACUCUCUUCGAUUAAUGUAUUAUUAUUAUUAUUAUUAUAUCUUCUUCUAUACUGCUUUAACGUUUUAUACCGUUUAAUAAUAAUUAAAUUAACAAUAUGAAAAGUGAUUGAUAAAUAAACUUGAAUACGAUUUCGCAGUAAA